CUUCAACCGGCGUUAAGUGAACACACAUUCAUCCGAUUUUCAUUUUUUUCACCUCUUUCGAAAAAAAAAACAUUUUUUCUCCGCACAAAUUAUCACAAAUAAUACGAAAAAAAAAAUUAUAAAUUUUCACGAAAUUUUUUGAGAAAGAAGUUGUGAGAAGAAAAUUCAAUUGAAUCAAAAUGGUUUACGAAACUGAUUUUUAUACAACUCGUCGCCCAUAUUCACGACCAACUGUAUCGUCUUACUCAGUGACGAAAAGCACUUUGAAAAAGCCAAAUCCCUAUUUAAUAAAAGAAGAAAGUCCCGAUCGUGAAAAUAUCGAUCGAGAAAAGUCACGUAUGACGGUAAAGAAAAUUAAAAAAUUACGACAAAAAGUACGCGAGGGUGCUGCCAAAUGCGAAAUGAUUGCAACAAAGGGCUAUAACUUUAAAAAUACCCAAACUAAAAUGCCUAAAAUUAAAAUGCUCUGUUUUGACACUCCAUUGAGAAUAAUUCCCGGAGUAGGAAGAGUGUAUUCUCCCAACGUUUACACUUAUUCGACAUAUUUGUCAACCCCGUAUCGUCAUUAUACGCCAAUUUCCACAUAUUCGUACCAUCUUCCAACGUACUCCUAUGAUUAUUCGCUUCCCCGUUCACUUUACUUACCAUCUGCCGUCCCGAUCAGAUAUUAUUCGCGUUCCUCGCCCGUGCGUGUCGUAACAUCUCCUCUCACGGAUUACUAUUCGCCACUCAUCUACUCCGUCAAUGUGCGCCCAUCCGUUAUUCAUCGCGAGAUGAUGCGUAUUGAGCACAAGACUCGCCCAAGAUAUGGCUAUGAUCCCACCGAAGACUUCUUGAACAGUGCUUCAGCAAAGGAAUUUGAAGACGACUUGAGAUCAAUUCGCACACAAACAUCACGCGUUUUGUCACGCAUUCAUGCUCCCUUGCCUCGUGCAAGACGUGCAAUUUCAUGCACUCCUUUCUCGAGCUACUCUGAUCGCGAACUUUUGGAUCGCGUUCGAGGAAGAUCUGUUGUUCGUGAUGACAUCUUCACUUUAGCCAACUAUGCUGAACCUGCAAGACAUUACACAGCUUCGAGAUUCCUUGACCCCAAUCGCCCAUCUCGUAAAUUCACAGCUCCCAAGCCAUUGGAAGAUCCUCUUCUCGAUGUAAAGGCAAAGCAAGCUGAGCGUGCCAAGAAGUUGGCAAGCUUGAACGAAGUUGACGAAAUUGAGUUGGAGAAAAUUCGUGCCAAGCGUUUGGACGAGCAAAAAAUGAAAGCAGAAAAAAUGGCGAAUGACGCAGCUGAAGCUGAAGCACAAAAAAUCGAAGCAGCUCGUCGUGAAGCAGCGAGACAAUUAGAGGAAGAGCGCAAAAAGGAAGAAGGCAGAAAAUUAGCCGAAGAACGUAUGAAGGCUGAAGCUGCCAAAGCAAAAGAAGCUGCUGAAUUGGCGGCGAAAAAAGCUGCUGAAGAAGAAGCUAGAUUAGCUGCUGAAAAAGCUCGUGCCGAAGAAGAAGCUGCUGCGGCGGAAGAAGCAAGAUUAGCUGCUGAAAAAGCUCGUGCUGAAGAAGAAGCGAGAUUAGCUGCUGAAAAGGCAGAACAAGAACGUCUCGCGAAGGAAGAGGAAGAAAAACGCCUUGCUGAAGAAGCUGCUGAAAGAGCAGAACAAGAACGUCUCGCCAAGGAAGAAGAAGAAAAACGCCUUGCGGAAGAAGCUGCUCUUUUAGCUGCUGAAGAGGAACGUCUCGCUCAAGAAGCUGCUGAAAAAGCUGAACAAGAACGCAUCGCGAAGGAAGAAGAGGAAAAGAAACGCCUUGCUGAAGAACAAGCGCGUCUCGAGGAAGAAGCUGCCCGUAUUGCUGAAUUCGAAAAAGUCGCUAAGGAAGAACGUGAAGUCGAAUUGGCACGUCAAGCUGCUGAAUUAGCUGAAAUUGCGCGUCUCGAAGCUGAAGCUAUCAAACUCGAACAACUCGAACAAGAACAACACUCUGAAAAUGCCGAUAAUCAAAUUGAAUCAGAGCCCGUUGUCGAGGAACCUUUGACACCCGCCGCUGCUGAAGACACAAAAGAAGACAUUUCUGAAGCGCAUGCAACUGCCGAAGAAACGCCUCGUGAAUCAGAACAAGCUGGCGAAGAUACAGCUGAUGAAGCUGAUCCCUUAGAGUAAAUUUUAUUAUCACAAAAAUCUCACACUGACCUGACAACUGACCAAAAAAACUCUAAUGUACCUCGAAUAAUUAUUCAAAAAAAGGCUUCAACCAAUUACUUUGCUACAAUUACCUUUAAUGUAUUUAAAACAAAAAUAAGAGACUGAUAUAAGAAUUUAUAUCAAUCGAUUGUAUUCCUCUUGUUUUCGCAUUAAAAAUCGAAGAGGAUCUCAUACAAAAACCCGAAAUACGGGAGGUUCAACCGAUUUGUGAUUUUUGUUUGUCAUCCCUCGUCUCUUCUUCAUACUCGAUGCUAAAUCUGGGCGCACAUCAUGCAUCAAUUGUUACAAAUUUUCCUUUAUUGUUACACGAAAUAUUGUUAAACAUCAUCAUACAUACGAAAAAAAAGUGUCUCUUCACGUCAUGAAACAGCAUUUAACAUGAAAAAAAAAUCUUCAAAAGUAUUUACAGUUGUUGCCUUUUUCAUCGUCACCUUUCUUUACUGCCGUUUUUGCCCUAAUUUUACAAAUAAACAUAAAACUUUCGACCAAACGAUUUGAAACGUUCUGUACAAAAUUUUCAUCAUUUUUCAUUGUAAAAAAUAAUAUUUAAAUAUUGUCAAAAAAAAUAUAAAAAAAGUAAAUAAAAAAUUAAAACAAAAUUUAUCUGUUGACAUACCUAUUUUUGUUUCUCAUUUUAAUGCUCGAAUAACCCA